AGCAGUCCAAAAUGUCGGACGAUGGAUCUUCACAAAAAUCCUGCGUAUUUUUUAAGAAAAGCAGGAAAAAUCAGACCACUAGAAAGCGAAAAACAUCAGACUCUGAUGAAGAUAAGAAGGACAGUAGUAGUGAUGAUGGUAAUGUUGUUGUGAAGAAAGGAAAGAAAGAAAGACACAUAAAUCCAUUAAAACAAUCUACCAGAAAAAUAGUUCGAGAUAAUGUUGAUUAUUCCAGUGAAAGUGAUAAAGAAGAAAAAGAGUCCAAAAUGUCUCUUAGCUACAAAUCAUCGCGUACUGGGAAAAGUGAGGGUCCAGGAGACAUGGGUGCUACAGCCACGGUUGAAAUAGACACUGAUUUGAGUGUUGAUGCCCAAGCCAUUUUUGAAAGAUCCCAACAGCUCAGUAAAGAACUGAAUGAUAAAGAAGAUGAUAAGAUAUACAGAGGAAUUAACAACUAUGCCAAAUAUAUUGAGAAAAAAGACACAGCACAAGGGAAUGCUUCUAGUGGCCAUGUCAGGAAAGGACCAAUAAGAGCCCCUGCCCACUUAAGGGCCACAGUGAGAUGGGACUACCAACCAGAUAUAUGUAAAGAUUAUAAAGAAACAGGGUUUUGUGGGUUUGGAGACAGUUGUAAGUUCCUCCAUGACAGAAGUGAUUAUAAACAUGGCUGGCAGUUAGAAAGAGAAAUGGAUGAAGGAAGAUAUGGAGCGAGAGAUGCCACAAAUUAUGAAAUCAGUUCUGAUGAGGAAGAUUUACCUUUCAAAUGUUUUAUUUGUAGAGAAUUUUUCACAAAUCCUAUAAAAACAAAGUGUCAACAUUAUUUUUGUGAAAAAUGUGCAUUAUCUCACUAUAAGAAGUCAAAGAGAUGUUUUGUGUGUAAUGAGCAGACAAAUGGAGUGUUUAAUCCAGCAAAAGAUUUAAUGUCCAAAAUUGAAAAAAUUAAAGCAAAGAAGGCUGGAUAUGACUCAGAUGAAAAUAAACACAGUGAUGCAACAAACAGUGACAGUGAUAAUGGUUGACCAAUCACAAUUCAGAUAACAAUGACAAUUGUUGACCAAUCAAAAACAUCUUCACAGUGAAUUUUAUGACAUAUUCAAAUCGCUUUUAACAAAGUGCUUUGUAAGGUUGCAUAAAUGUUCAUAUAUUGUAAAUGGAUUGCAUCAUGGUAAAAUUAGCUGUUAAUAUUAAGAUUUGUUUGGCCUCAAUGAGGCAAUUAUGUAUGUAACAUGUUAUAGCCCAAUCACUUUUUUUAAUAAAUAUGAUUUUGUUAAA